CUUUCCAAAUUCGGAAUAACACUUCAUUACUACUGUUUAUAUAUUUAUAUAAAAUAUUUAUUAUUAUUAGACACAAAUUUUCCUUCUCAUUUCCCAUAAUUUUCCCGAGAAAAUCCCCACAUUAAACAAAUUCCUCAACCCCCACACCAUAGGGUUUGUCGAAUUUUUUCAUCAUAUGGCAACACAAGGGCAGGCUUCAAUGGACCCUGCCAUACUAGAUGACAUAAUUAAACGGUUAACGGAGGUCCGAUCAGCCCGGCCCGGUAAGCAAGUGCAGCUGUCGGAGGCGGAGAUCAAGCAAUUAUGUGUCUCUUCUAGAGAAAUCUUCAUGCAACAACCUAAUUUGUUGGAGCUUGAAGCUCCCAUUAAGAUUUGUGGUGAUAUUCAUGGACAGUACAGUGAUUUAUUAAGGCUUUUUGAAUAUGGAGGUUUUCCCCCUGAAGCAAAUUACUUAUUUUUAGGGGAUUAUGUUGAUCGUGGAAAGCAAAGUUUGGAAACUAUUUGCCUUUUGCUAGCUUAUAAAAUCAAAUAUCCAGAGAACUUUUUUCUUUUGAGAGGAAACCAUGAGUGCGCUUCGAUAAAUCGGAUAUAUGGAUUUUAUGAUGAAUGUAAACGGCGGUUUAAUGUCAGGCUGUGGAAAUCCUUUACCGACUGUUUUAACUGCCUUCCGGUUGCUGCUCUCAUUGAUGACAAAAUAUUAUGCAUGCAUGGAGGUCUUUCCCCUGAUUUGACAAAUUUGGAUGAAAUUAGGAGUUUACCUCGUCCAACUGCCAUUCCAGACACCGGUUUAUUGUGUGAUUUACUGUGGUCUGAUCCUGGUAGAGAUGUUAAGGGAUGGGGAAUGAAUGACCGAGGAGUUUCAUAUACUUUUGGUCCUGAUAAAGUGUCAGAGUUCUUGACAAAGCAUGAUUUGGAUCUUGUCUGCCGUGCACAUCAGGUUGUGGAGGAUGGAUACGAAUUCUUUGCUGAGAGGCAACUUGUAACUAUUUUUUCAGCUCCCAAUUAUUGUGGUGAAUUUGAUAAUGCUGGUGCUUUGAUGAGUGUAGAUGAAAAUCUGAUGUGCUCCUUUCAAAUUUUAAAGCCUGCAGAAAAGAAAACUAAGUUCUUGAUGCCAAACAAAAUUUGAUGGCUGCAGCGUGAAUGAUUCCUAGUCUUUAACCAGGGAAACUAGUUGAACCUGAAGAUUUCCAGCUAGGAAUCUUUUAACUUGGAGAUAUGACUUGUGAGUGUGCUUUAUGCUUAAUCACUGGUUGGUUGCGUGAUGUCUUCAGAAGUCCUGCAUGGAGGCUGAUACUGUGUGGUGUACGAAAGGCCCGAAUUCAUAAUUUUUUCUCAUUUUAGUCUGAGUUACCGUUUUUUCCCCUUAGUUCUUAUGAUUUGUCCCUGUGUACAUAGUUUUAAGAUGGUAAUCUAAAUGUGAAUUUGGGUUUGAGCAACUCAAAGGUAGUUGCAUUUACCUUCCAAAAUCAGAUUUCAGCACUGACUGGUGGGUGUAUUGUCAUAUGUGCAGAUUCUCAUGGUAAAAGAUGUUCAUUUUUGUUUCUCUCUGUUUUUUAAUGCUUAAGAUGCUGUAUUCUGCUUUA